AUGCCCACCCAAAUCCUCCUCAUAGGCGCGGGCGCCAUCGGCGCCUUCUACGCCGCCCGCCUCUCCACCGUCCCCAACACCCGCGUCUCCGUCCUCUGCCGCUCCAACUACGCCGCCGUGCAGGCCGAAGGCUUCCGCAUCCAGAGCGCACAGCGCGAAUUCGGCGCCUCCGUUUUCCAACCUGCGCACGUCUUUCGUGACGUGGAGGAGAUUCGGCGGGCGGGGGUGAAGUGGGCUUGGAUUGUAGUUGCCACCAAAGCGCUGCCGGACGUUAGUGAUGAUAGCGCUUUGUUGGAGGGCUUGGUUGCGAGCGACGACGACGACGGCACAGCGAUUGUACUGAUUCAGAACGGCAUUGGGGUUGAGGCGCCUUAUGCUAAACGCUUCCCGCGGACAACGAUCCUCACUGCCGUGACGAUUGCGUCGUGUGCUCAGCCUAGCCCCGGCGUGAUUCGGCAUAAUCGCUGGACGAAGACGGAUCUGGGUCCUUAUCGCCAUUCUUUCUCGUCGGCAAAUUCGACCGCCGACGAUAUGGAUGCUAAGCGUGCCCGGCUUUUCACCGACCUCCUUGUCCAGUCUGGCUUCAGAGACACCAAAUCCCACCCGCCGAAGGAAAUGCAAGCUAUACGCUGGCAUAAAACGGCCAUCAACGCGGGCAUGAAUGCCUCUUCGGUUCUCUCGGCGGGGAGCACGAACUUCGCUCUCGCCACGCAUCCCGAGCUCAGCGCGCACGUCAAAGCCGUGAUGGAGGAGGUGUUAGCCGUUGCCGCUCGGGCGGUCAACGAUGGCGCACCACUGCCACUCCAGAAACUGGGCUUGGGAACGCCGGAGAAGGCGCUGGCGCGUGUGAGUGACAGUGGGAAGGAUGAUGGCAGUCGGCCGUCUAUGUGGAACGAUUGGGCGAGUGGCAGUCGGAUGGAGUUGGAGGUGAUUUUGGGGAAUGUGAUUAAGGCGGGUAGGGAGGCGGGGGUGGAUGUCCCGAGGGUGCAGGGGAUGUAUGCUUUGUUGAAGGCGGCGGAGGGGAAUAGGGAGAGGGAGAGGGAACGGAGGGAGAAGGGGAAGCUGUGA